AUAAGGUAGCAGCAUCUGCUCUGAGAAGAGCACUUAGCACUCUACACCAUGAAGGGGACGCUGCUUCUGCUGGCCUUGCUGGUGACCGGGGAGCUGGGCUUCCAGACAACGGAAGCAUGCAUUCCUUUCUUUGAAGUCUAUGCUGCAGUCUCCAUUGGUAACACGAAAUUAUUGAAUGCCGUCCUUAACAAGUUUGACCCUACUGACGAGGAAAGGAAGGCUUUUGAAAAAAUCCUGGACUGCUUCAAUGAUGCAGGAGUGGAAGGCAAAAUCCUGAAAGCCAAAGUUUUGGAAGCCAUCGUCUUCAGCCCAGAAUGCAGAGAAUACUAUACCCAAGACACCAUAGAUAAAUUUAAGGGAUUCCUUUCCAAAUUUAGCUUAUUUGGAAAAUGA